CUGGGGAGGACUGGGUGGGUGGCUCUCUGCUCUUCUGUUUGUAUUUUGUAAUUUCGCAUCCCCUCAAAAAAUUGCCAUGCUUUGCCUUCUCAGUUAUCUACUCUCUCCCCUUCCUCUUUUUGUGAAUUAUUACAUCUUUUUCUGCUUUUUCUCUUUUUAAUUAAUGUCCGUGGCAGGUUUUCCUAAGAUUCAUCAUUUUACGUGAAUAUAUAAAUAUAUUUUAUUUCCUUCUCCGUUUUCUCUCCCUCCCCUCUCUCUCUCUUUCCUUCUCUGCUCCGGUGUCACUGCGGAAGCGGAGAUCCGCGAGGAUUAAGUUGAAAUCUGAUCAUAUCAUAAGAGAGAAGAAAAUUACAAGAUAGCGACCCGAAUUGGAGAAUGAAUGGUGCCGCACACCUCGAACCAGAUGGCUCCGAAUUUGUCGAAGUUGAUCCCACCGGCAGAUAUGGCAGAUACAAUGAAAUUCUCGGCAAGGGAGCUUCAAAGAUAGUAUAUAGAGCAUUUGAUGAAUAUCAAGGUAUUGAAGUUGCCUGGAACCAAGUCAAGCUGUAUGAUUUCCUACAAAGCCCUGAAGAUCUUGAGAGGCUCUACUGUGAAAUUCAUCUACUGAAAACAUUGAAGCACAAAAACAUCAUGAAAUUUUAUACGUCUUGGGUCGAUACUGCUAAUAGGAAUAUCAAUUUCGUGACUGAGAUGUUCACUUCUGGUACUCUUAGGCAGUAUAGGCUCAAGCACAAAAGAGUAAACAUAAGAGCGGUAAAGCAUUGGUGUAGACAGAUCCUGAGAGGACUUCUCUAUCUCCAUAGCCAUGACCCGCCUGUGAUUCAUAGAGAUCUCAAAUGUGAUAAUAUUUUUGUCAAUGGACACCAAGGCGAAGUGAAGAUUGGUGAUCUUGGUCUGGCAGCAAUUCUACGGAAAUCCCAGGCUGCACAUUGUGUCGGAACGCCCGAGUUUAUGGCCCCAGAAGUGUAUGAAGAGGCAUAUAAUGAAUUAGUUGAUAUAUAUUCUUUUGGCAUGUGCAUACUUGAAAUGGUCACAUUUGAAUAUCCUUAUAGUGAGUGUACUCAUCCAGCGCAAAUCUACAAGAAAGUCAUUUCUGGGAAAAAACCAGAGGCUUUAUAUAAAGUCAAGGAUCCAGAAGUGAGACAGUUUGUUGAGAAAUGCUUGGCAACUGUGUCUCUGAGGCUCUCUGCAAGAGAGCUUCUAGAUGAUCCUUUCCUCCAGAUUGAUGAUUACGAAUCAUUAUUAAGGCCAGCAGACAGUGGGGAAUUUGAUGACAUGGUUCCUCUCAUCCGACACCCAUUCUAUGAUUUUCAUCGAAGUUACAGUAAUGUCAGUAAUGAAUACUCUAACGGAUAUGGCUAUGAUGGAGAGUGGUUUCCUCAUCCAACUGAGAUUGAACAUACUGGAAUUGAACUCUUUCAAUACCAGGAUGAUGAACCCGCUGAAGAUGUUGAUAUAAGCAUCAAAGGCAAGAGGAACGAUGAUGGGGGCAUCUUUUUAAGACUAAGAAUUGCAGAUAAAGAAGGGCAUAUUCGAAAUAUUUAUUUCCCAUUUGACGUAGAGACCGAUACAGCCUUAAGCGUGGCCACUGAAAUGGUCGCAGAACUUGACAUGACUGAUCAGGAUGUAACCAGAAUAGCGGAUAUGAUAGAUGGGGAAAUUGCUUCCUUGGUACCUGAAUGGAUGCCAGGGCCAGGAAUUGAGGAAACUCCUCGUUUUGCAAGUCAAAGUUUCUGCCACGACUGCGCAUCUAAUCGUACAUCCAGUGGUUCCCUUGCGGAUUUUCUGUCACAUAGCUCGGGCACCAAGAACACGCAAUUUCUUCAGUGCUGUAGGCAUAAAUGUGCUUUAAUGCAUGGGCGGUUUGAGGAGAUCACAUUUGACUCUGACGAGUGUGAAAAUCAUGUUAGAGAGAAUGCUGAUGCACCUAAGAUGUCAAGUCAAUCAGAUUGUCUGCAGUAUCGGGAGUUGUGGAACCAGCAUGAAAGUCGUGAACUUAGUCCCAUAGAAUCUGAAAGAAGCCACUCUGAUGAACAAAAUGAACAGUUAGAUAAAUAUGUAUCAGCUGAAGGUCAGCGAUAUGAUGCUUGGGAUUACAAGUUCGCAACCGAUGUAGGAAAUUCCCACCGGAACGUAUCAGGAACGAAUUAUUUUCCCCCAACUGGUUCGUUUUAUUGUGAUCUUGAGGAAGAAGGUGAUAAGGAGAUCCAGCAGGAGCUAAGAUGGCUCAAAGCAAAGUACCAAAUGGAGCUAAGGGAGCUCAGGGAUCGACAGCUUGGGAUAACAGUAAAAUCUUCGCAUGCCAGGGAGCACAAAUCAGAAUGCGGAGUAUCAUCACCUUCACAAACAGACACUUUUGAAAGAGGAAACAGUUUGAAACCCUUUGCUAAUUGUGGUUCCAGUUGCCACUCUCACUUCAAUAAGAGCAGCCCCAAUUCGGACACCCAAAGGGCCCGAAAUUGUGAGGCGAUGGAUUCUCCUGGAGGUGAGGUUACUGCAAAGAGUUUAUGCACAGGCUUAUUGCUUCCCCACUCCCUACACAGGACUGUUUCCCUCCCAGUUGAUGCGGUUGAUAUAUAAAUUCGAGGCACUUGAUUCUUUUGUAGAUUUCAUAAUACAUUCGUAGAGGCUCAUGAUUUUCUGAUCGCAUCCCAAUUCAGAUCUCCCCCCCUAAUAUGUCUGCUAACAAGUCCUUAAUCCCGAUGGCAAAAAAAAAAAG